AUGAAUAAUUUAUCUAGUUUUUUCCUUUUGGUCUCAAUUUUAUUGAUCCAAGAUUGUUGGGCAUCAAUUGUUUCAACAGGAGAUUUCAACAAGGAUUUCUUUGUGACAUGGUCACCUAGUCAUGUUAAUACAUCUAUUGAUGGACAUAGCAGAAGUUUAGUUCUUGACAAGGAUUCAGGUUCUGGUUUUGCUUCAAAUGACAUGUUCUUGUUUGGACAGUUUGACAUGAAAAUUAAGUUGGUGCCAGGGAACUCAGCUGGCACAGUUGUGGCUUUUUAUUUGACAUCUAAUCAACCCAAUAGGGAUGAGCUGGAUUUCGAGUUCUUGGGCAACGUAGAAGGACAACCUUAUACACUACAAACUAAUGUGUAUGCAAAUGGCUUUGAUGAGAGAGAGCAGAGAAUCAAGCUAUGGUUUGAUCCAACCAAAGAUUUCCAUACAUAUUCUAUACUUUGGAACCUCUACCAAAUUGUGUUCAUGGUAGAUUGGGUCCCGAUCCGAACCUACAGAAACCAUGCGGACAAAGGCGUGGCAUACCCUAGGUGGCAGCCGAUGAGCGUGCAAGCGAGUUUUUGGGACGGCGAGAGCUGGGCCACAAAUGGCGGGAAAGACAAGAUAGACUGGAGCAAGGCGCCGUUUGUGGCCCCAUUUAAGGACCACAAGAUCGAUGCGUGUGUUUGGAAGGGGAAUGAAGGAAGCUGCAGCGACCCGAAGCCCACAAAUUGGUGGAACAAUAAGAGGUUCAACUCAUUGACAUGGGCACAAAGGAGGCUGUUCAAAUGGGUUGAGAAAUAUUAUGUCACCUAUGAUUAUUGCCAAGAUUAUCAUAGGUUUAAUAAUACUCUUCCAAAGGAGUGUUUGCUUCCUAAGUAUUAAUCAAUUAUCAAAUUAUAUGUUACAUGUAAUCAUGCAUGAUUGGGUUGGAUUAUUAUGUACUCCCUCCCUAUAUGGCACAAUUUCCUUUUUAGUUUGUCCUACAAAAGAUGUCAUAUUUCCUCUU